CUCGUUUUGAAACGCCGCGCGCUCAAUAUGAUAAACGAUUCAUCAUGGCGGCUCAUUAAAACACGUUCGUGUACAUGGCAACGGAAAGACGGCUGUCGUUUCUAUGGAAAACUCCACACUGAUCAAGUACUCUGCUACACCGAUGGAAAGAAAAUACAGCAACACAGGUGUCAAAAUGUGAAGAUGACAAACCAUACCGACCUCUAAGCAACCUUCAAUUGCAACUCUAUAACAUUAGAAAGACUGUGCUAGAAAUGUCUAAAAUUCCAAGGAGAAAGCUGUACAACAUGAAAGAAUUUAACAACUGACUGGAGAUGAAACACCCUUGGUAGACUUGAAGUUUCAAAUAUGAAAUAGUGGAAUAAAUAACCACUAGAUGGUCUUGUAGACACAUCUAAAGUGUCGCAGCUAAUACCAUUGAAAACUAUGACUAAAUGAUGCAAUAUUGUGAGUGAACAUACAUCGUGCCAAUUGAAAGUCAUCUAUGCAGUCAUUUUUUAUGAGGACAAACAUGAACAACAUUCUAAAACAUAUCUUGCCUUUAAGUUUAAUACACGUACAAUGUUUAAAAGAAUAGAAUAGACUCUCAUCAUGAGCAACUUCAAUACGCCGGUGCCCAAUGCCUCUCGUUCGGCGAUCUCUCUCGGUGGUGAAUGGCGUAACCGAGAUCAGAUGGAGGCCAACAAGUACAAGAUGAGCGGCUUGACGAUCAUUAAUAAAAAGAAAGCGGGGAAGGCUGCUGCAAAGGAAAAGUCAAGACCAAGAUCCACACCCACUGCUGAAUUUCAGGAAUGGGAAGAUGGAGAAUCACCCAAGAGUGCGCCCCCAGGAGGCAGGCCGAGAUGUGGGAGAGUCAACGAGGUGGAGUCCCCGGAACCCACAGCACGCAAAACACUAGAGAAUCACUUGCCAUUGAAGAAGUAUGGAAGUGCUGGGAGACAAGAUGAUAAUGGGAAGCACUAUGACCUUGGUCCUGGGAUGACGAUGACAAAGUCAAGAAGUAAAGUAGCCGUCACCAUCAGCACUGGGGGAGGAGAUACACCACCUCCUAUCAUCAGGAGAUAUGCAGAAUCAACACAGCCUGUUAGUGACCCUGCAAACUUAAUGCCUCAAUUAAUGGCUAAUUCAAGAGGUUCUUUAAUAAGCGAUGGAAACAGUAAACAUUGGUCAGACAAAAAUCCCUCAGGAUACAGCUCGAAUCCCCAUUUGGGUAGUAGUAGCCUGUUCCCUCCCCAUACCCACUCCCCACACACAUCCCCUACCUUUGACAGAAAGCUUGAGACCAUCCCUGCCGGGAUGACCUUUAUGGGAAGGUCAUCCAGCCAGGCUACUAUUGCAAUGUCAGCUCAAGAUGCACUCAUAACCCAACUACAACAACAAGUCUCGGAUCUUACCCUGUAUCUGGAAGAAGAAAGGCUGAAUCACAAGACUAGCAAGGAAAAGGCUGGAAACUUACUGAGGGAGAAGCUAAAGGAACUUGACAGGAAACACACAGAGAAGUUCCAGAAAUACAAACAGGACCAGGAAGAGCAGGUGGCCAUGCUGAAAGAGGUCCAAGCCAAGGAAAUUAACCAUAUCAAGUCUGGCAGUGAGAAAGCUCUUGCGAGGAUGAAAGGAGAAUUGGAGUUCCUUCAGGGUGCCUUUGAGGCCUACAAGAGAACCUUGACGCAGGACAUGGUGGAGAAGUGGACCAAGAAGGAGAGUGAUAUGAAGCACAAGUUCCAUGAGGAGAUGGAGAGAGAACUCUCAGAACAAAGGGUGGAGAUGCUUGAGGAGAAGAUGAUAGAAAGGAAUGCGUUGAACCGUGAGUUCCAGAAACAGAUGCACAUGCUGUCACAAGAACACAAGGAAGAGAUAGAGAAACUGAUGAAACGUUUUGCUGGUGCUGCAAUGGAUGUGGAAAACCUUAGGAAAGCUCUGGACCAGAUCAAGACACUGCGAGCGGAACUAAACAACUCCCUUCAAGCUCUGGAAGACAGCAGAGAACAAGCUGCCUCCUUCAAAGGUCGCUUAACAGAAGCUAAGAUGAUGCUGAUUGAUUUCCAGGAGAAUUUCAGCGGGAAAGUGGAUGAAGUAGACGGGAAAUACAAGGAGAAGAUUCACCUUCUCAUGAGUGAGAAUGUAGAGCUCAGGAAACGCUACAUGCAGAAAUGCAAUGAGCUGUUCAAUGAGAAAGCUAAGACAGAGUAUAGCAGAGUGGAAAAGGUCAUGAACACUAAAGAAAUGAUGAAGAUGUUGGUCCAUGUCCGGAACCGCUCCAACGUGAGCCUGGCGUGCUCCGACCCUGCAGCCGACGCCCAACCUCGCCUCCUGGUGACGCGCCCUGUCAGCGCACCCAGCACACGCAAGGAAGCCAAGAAGGCCCACCGAAUGGCCGGCGAGACGGACCAUCUCUCUGGUCCUGGCCUUAGAAGACCUCAUACCACCAUGGCCGGGACAAGACCAACACCACCCAAAGAGCACCAUGGACUGAUCGAUGCAUUCGGGAGUGCACAAUCCUUGCAGUCCUUAUGAGUUUGUUAACAUGUUCCUAAAUGUAAAUCCUUUACCCAUAGACUUCUGCAUUCCCUUAAUCCCAUAAGCUUAAUACAGAGACCACUCGGUUCUUGUACGCAAUAGGUUAAUGUUAUCUGCUAUAUUUUUUCACUCUAAUCACAGCAUUUGUUUUUCUUCUAAGAAAAAAGAAAAAUCUAUUCUGCUUCCUUUGAAACAAAAGACCAAAGUAAAAGAGACAGUGCCUAUUGUCAGGUGCUUCACAGAUGAAAAUAUAUAUGGUGCAAUUUUUUCCAUUUCCAGUCUAUUUUGACUCAUUCUUUAGCUGGGAAAAACUGGUAAAGAUCAGCUUCACGAUGCACUUUGGUACUGUUCAUAUAUUUGCACUUACAUUAUCAGGAGCUUAUCCACAGUUAAUAUGUGUUAAGAUUUCAAAUCUCUAUGAUAGGAGAGAGCUUGGUUAUCUUGUGUCAAAUUUCUUGUUAUAAUCCGUCCAAAGUGGCUGACCACUUAAAAAUGCCUUGAAAUAUUGAUCAAGAUACCAAAGUCCAGUUUGAAAUAAGUGUCAUGUUUGACGUCCUUUUUAUAUAAAAAGCACCGAUUUAUAUAAAGUAUUCACUGUUGUUGUUUUCUUGCUGUUUAUGCUUGUUUUGUCAGUGCAAUGUUUGAAGUUUUAUUGUUGUAUAGUAUUAUAUCAAGGUAUGACAUGUACAUAAAUGUAUCACCGAGAUUGUAUAGUAUUAGUGUUUAGGUCACUGUUGGUGUAGACGAAUCUCCUCCCCCUUCCCCUGCUCAGAUUUCUAUUUUCAAAUACCGUACACAUAAUAAUAGGUUGAUCCAAUUGCUUUUUAAUAAUUUGACACGUGCAGAGGAAAAUGAUUCAUUGAAUUGCGAUGAAUUUAGUUAAGAGUGUAAGGCUCCUUUUAAUAAAAUGUUUAACAUUUUCACACCAGUUUCGCAUUAGGGUGGUAUUCUGAAAACGAUGUUAUCUUUUAUGUUAGUCAAAGUUUGUUAAUUGUCAUAACCAAUCUAAGUUGGGACAAAUCAUUGGUUAACUGAUGUAUAUCUAUGUCUAUAUAAAUAUAGAUGUUUAUCUAUGCGCUAUAUAAAUAUCCAAUAUUAUUAUUAUUAUUAUAAUUAAAUUAAUUCCAACCAAGAGGUACAGAUUGCCAAUCUCAUGGCUCAUUUUGCAGGAAUUGAGAUUUCCUUUGAGUUUUUUGGAUGCCAACAUUUUUAUUGACUAUUGCAUUCAUGCAGAAUGAUACUGUAUCAUCAAUCAUAAUCAUUUUAAUAUGGAAUUAAAUUUCAACCACAGAAAAGAUGUGAGCUGUAGGCAUUUAAAUUAUGUACUACUUAGCCCAUUAUAUGAAAAGAUCUUUAGACUAUGCAAAUAUGCAAUUAUAUGAACAUGUCUUUCAAAAAAUUUAAAAUAUCUGUUAUAUGUAUUAUCGCAUGGUAAUUGUGUGUGCUGUAUUGACAUGUAUAAAAAUUCAUUGUUUAUUCAUCUUUUAGAGUUUGGUCAUACACAUACAUGUACCUUGAUAACAGAAUGUGCAUGUAUGUAUGAGCAUUUAGUAAGUUUUACAUCAUUUCAAAUUCAAACAAACAUGUUUCAAUAUUUCUCACUAUAAAGUGCCCUUCUCCAUUUCAUCUACCGUAGCUGUACAAGUGUCAGAUAAAACUAAAUUUACUUACAACACGCACCUUUUAAUUCCAUGUUCUAGUUCAUAAAACAAUCCAUAUUUUAUGAAUGUGUAAAUGGAACACAUUUAUUAAGAAAGUCUUGAAAGUGCUGCAGGGAAAUCUGGUUGUUGAAGUUUUUUUUCUUCAAUUUUUCUUGUCAUUGUGGUUAUUUUAAUUUAAACUCCUAAUUACUUUCCAAACAAUGAAAAUGUUCCAUGCACAGUAUUUCUUUCCAAUAGGUCUUCAUUUGUAUAUACAAAAGUGUAUAAAGAUACAAUGACUACACUUAGAAUGCCCGAUCUGCAUAUACUUUUGCUUUAUAUCACAUUUGCUUUAUAUUUGGAGGGCAGAUUUAUAUUUUUGAUUGAUUAAAUACCUCACUGUGAGGGUAUAUGCAUGUUUAACGAAGUUUCUAUAACUCAUUGGCUUCCCUUCAUACUUCUAAUGGAGUGCAUGAUAGAUUAACAAACGGGUAGUAGUAAUUAGUGGAAAGUAACAUGCAUGAAUAGGUCAGAAGCGUAGGCAGUUUAUUGAUGCAUGUGAAACAUGGUAAGCUUCAGCAGUAGGACAAAUUACUGAAUAGCCACACUUAGAUUACUUAUACACUAUAUAUCAUAAAAUCAGAAACAUUCGUAUGCAUGAAUCUUUUGAGAAUUUUGGAAGAGUUUGAGGUUCAUGAAUAUUCAUGCCACAAAAAGCUUGAUUGGGAACAUCACCAAAUUUAUAUUUUCGUAUUGCACAAAAGUUUCUUGCUGCGAAAAAAACCUGUCCUUAAACAUAUUUUUAAAGUUUCAUGUCACAAAAGUUUCUGGUUUUAUAGUUAAUGAUAUACAAGGUGAUGCUUUUAUCGCAGUGUAAAUUGAAUAUUAGAAAAAUUAGGGAAAAUUUCAGUUUAAAUGAAGUUUGAAGAUUCCAUGUACUGUAUGCCUCUAAACCAUGUGAUCAAGGAGGCUUGAUGGCUCAGUGGUAGAGCAGUGGUCUUUUAACCAGAAGGUCCCAGGUUCAAAACCAAGUGGAUGUGGUGAGAGAUUAAUCUUUAAUUACCAAGUCCCACACAUACGACUUUUAAUCCUGGUUCAUAAUCUACAAGCGUGUGCUUGACUGGUUUGAAACGUGAAAUAAAUCACCAUUAAUUAAUGUGUUGGAUUUUUAUUUAAAUUUCUCCAGUUGUUUAUGCCUUGGAUCACAUAUCUUCAAUUACAAGUUGUAAAUAUCUCCUGAUUUAGUAAUGUUACUAAAAAAGGGGAAAAUACAUCACAGGUCAUGUAAGAUGCCAUUCAGAAAACUUAUCAGAAACUGAAAAUUAGGCUUGGCAGUAGAGAAAUGCAUAAGGAGUAUGUACAAGUCUUAUGUUAUUCCAUGAACCAUCAAAAAGAGGAAAAUAUGUCAAUCGUAAUCAUCCGUUUCUGAUUGCAUCUGACCUUCGGGAAACAACUUUGAAUUUGAUUUGAAUACCAUAUUGGUCAAUAAAGAAGACAUGCAUAUGCUUAUCCAUAAA